UCCCCCUGCGUGAUUCUCCAAGACGAUGUAGACCAGAUCAUUGCAAAGAGCCACAGCUCUCUAGACAUGCCUGCACGAUACAUAGACAGUGUAUAGAGAGAAUAGGAGUGAGUGGAAUGAACGGUGGUAGGCUCUAUAUCUCAUUCUGGGGAAACCUCUGCGCAUAUAAUAUGCUGGUGCUAAAGUUAAACAGGAUAGUCGUAUAUUCUAUCUGUAUUUGGACAAAAAAAACGACCUGAUAAUGGACAAAAAACGAAUGGAUGACAUACAACUUCAAGCUCGAGAUGAUAGUGAAUAGGCUGACGGUUGCAUUCCCUUACCACAAAGACGCACUGUUUCAGAAGACUGAAGAGCUCCAGGAUACAGUACAUUCAACUGAUGUAUUUUACCUUAAUUGUGAAAUUCACAGUUAUUGGCACUGAAUACUAUAUUCCUGAAACUACAAUAUAUUCAUGGGUUAGGUGUAAAAUAUGGAAUCAGUCAGCAUUUUAAGACUCAACAGGUUGACCACUGAAAAUUAAGAUGGCCCACCAUUUCCUAGCUAACAAAAUCUCUAUGCCAGACGACCCCAUCUGCAGAAACUCACCGAAAGUCCCAAAAAGUGCCAUGAAAAUGCCAACAUCAACCUCCGAGAAAGUCCCCAAAGAGAAAUCCAACAACAACAAGAAGGACUGUAGCGUCGUCGUGACGACUGUCCCGUUAAUCAACGAGAUGCAGCUGACAGCGGCCACAGGUGGGGCGGAGAUGUCGUGCUACCGGUGCACAGUGCCAUUCGGCGUGGUGGUCCUCAUUGCCGGUAUUGUGGUAACUGCUGUGGCGUACAUGUUCAACUCACACGGCUCCACCAUCUCGGUGCUGGGGCUGGUUCUGCUGUCAGCCGGGCUGGCUCUGCUGGGGUCCAGUACCGUCUGUUGGAGGGUCCGGCUGGGGCGGAAGAAGGACCGGAGGAGGGAGAGUCAGACGGCCCUCAUGUACAACCAUGGUGUCUGUGUGGUCUGAGCCCUGAGGGAGAUAGUCACUGUUAAAAAGAAGUUUGAACAAUUUGAAGUUUGAAUGAAGAGGUAAUGAACAGAGACUACUAGAGAGAGAUGAGGGAUGUCAGAGGUGGUUGGGUAUGAAGGACUCACACAUUGUCCAAAACAGAUGCUUAGCUGAAGGACUAGAAUGGCCUAGAAAUACAAUCUGUACUGUAGGUAAGAUCCUAUCUGUAAGGACUAGAGUGGCCUACAAAGACUGGCAGGUAGCCUAGCAGUUAAAAGAGUGUUGAGCCAGUAACCAAAAGGUUGCUGGUUUGAAUCCCUGAGCUGACUAGAUGAAAAAUAUGUUGCUGUACCCUUUAGCAAAACAAGUACAACCCUAAUUACCUAUUCAGUUGAUAUACUGCCUAGAGAUCUAGAUGAACACAAUUGUUCAUCGGGGGGGGGUGGGAUGUUGUAACUUUAAUGUGUUACAGAGUUAAUGUUUAAGUUUAUUCAUCCUCCCCCCCGAUGAACAAUUGUGUUCAUCUAGAUCUCUAGGCAGUAUAUCAACUGAAUAGGAUAAGAGUGUCUGCUAAAUUACAAAAAAAAUGUAAAGUCUGGUGAUUUGUUCUCCCUGGUCAUUUGGGAAGACCAAGACUGAUCAUGAAGAUGGAAUAACCAAAUUAUUGGCGAGGAAGGAUGGAGUAGGGUAAAUUUGCCCCUAGAUUCUGAUCUUCAGGCUUUUUUCAUUUUCCUUACUAAUGGUUAAGGUUAGGAUUGGGGUAGAGGAAGCUGAUCCUAGAUCUGUACUUAGGGGAAACUUCACCCUGGAGCAGAAAGGAUAGUUGCACGGAGGACCAUGAUUCUCCAUUCUACUAUACUCAUGCAUGUCAUGUGAUGCAUCUGUGACUCUAUGGCUGCUCAAUUGAUGUUUCAAGUGAACAUUUCAUAGGUACUUAAUGUUAUGUCUUAGAUAUGAAGACAGUAGCUGACUUUACAGGGUCAAAUCACCCUUUAUUACUGCGUAAAGUGAACCUAGGAAGUGAUUGCCUAAAUGAAGUCAAUGUAUCUCAAGUUCGAUAUGCAUGAUUUUUUAUGCUUCCAAUGUACUUUUGUAACUGCCUAUUAUGCCUAUUAUUGAUUAAUUUGAUACAGUUUGUGCCAAAUGUACAGUUUUUCAUUGUUAGUAUAGUACAAGACCAUAGCUGUGGCAAAGCAAGUUGUGGUUUCAUAUGUACCAUUGUACUCUGGUAAAGUUGCAUUUUCAUGAUAUUUAUGACAAAUCUGUUGAUAUAUAUUUGGAAUAUUUGUGCCACUACACUUAAGAUGUUAAAUCCAUGUGCCAAUAAAUCUGUCAAUCAACCAAUAAAUCAAUCAACCAA